AUGACUCAAUUCUGUGUCAGCCUCGUGACUCGGCUGACGCAGAAAACCAGGAUUUUACGCAUCGCCAUCGUGCAUCAUGAUGCGCGAUGGAACAAGACUCUGAAAGCAUGCGGGGUUAAGGACUCAAACAUCAUUGUCCAGUCUGUCCCUGGUAGUUUUGAACUUCCUUUCGCAUGCUCGAACUUCGGUGGUUCUUCAACAUCACUUCCAUCCAACAAGGAACCGUCUGCUCCCACUUCGACACUUACCAACAUACCAAACGCUCCAUUUGAUGCAGUAGUAGCCAUUGGUGUCUUGAUCAAGGGCUCUACGAUGCACUUUGAGUAUAUCUGCGACAGCGUUUCUCACGCCCUCAUGAAAAUCCAAAUUGACACAGGUGUCCCUGUGAUCUUUGGUGUCCUAACAGCACUCACAGAGGACCAAGCAUUGGAACGAGCUGGUCUCGGCAGAAAGGCAGAGAAGGGUCACAAUCAUGACGAGGACUGGGGACUUGCAAGCCGUGUAGAUGGGAGUACAGAGCAGACGAUGGGCUGA